AUGCCGAAGUCAAAGCGAGAUAAAAAAGUUUCACUUACAAAAACUAACAAAAAGGGUCUUGUAUUGAAACAAAGAAUCAUAGAAGAGGUAAGAAAUUCGUUGUCAAAGUAUGAAAAUAUAUUCGUUUUCUCUGUAAAUAACAUGCGCAACACAAAGCUAAAAGAUUUGCGAAAUGAAUGGAAGGAUUCAAGAUUUUUCUUUGGGAAAAAUAAAGUAAUGGCUGUGGCUUUGGGUCGAAGUAAAAGUGAUGAAGUAGAAGAACAAUUAAAUCUGAUCUCAAAAAAACUAAAAGGCCAAUGUGGUCUUCUUAUGACAAACAGAGAUGUAAUUGAUGUUUUGAAGUGGUUUGAUGAUUUUGAAGAUUUAGAAUAUGCCAGAGCUGGUUUUGUCGCUACUCGUGAUGUCAUAUUACCUCAAGGACCAUUAAAGGAUUUUUCACACACAAUUGAACCCCACCUUAGAAGACUAGGUCUUCCGACUAGUUUAGAGAGGGGUGUAAUUAAUUUAAUAAAAGAGUAUCAGGUAUGUAAGAAAGGUACUCCAUUAACCCCAGAACAAGCGAGUAUCCUUAAACUUUUGGGUAUUCAAAUGGCUAAUUUUAAAGUUGUAAUCAAGUGUCACUGGAAUAAAGCAAAAGGUUUUCAUAAAGACACAAAUACCCCAAGUGAUGAAGAAGAUAGUGAUGAUGAUGAUGAUAACAAAAGUAAUACCCUGAAAGAUGUUGCUAUGGAGGAAGAGGAAACAUAG